GAGCGCUAUAGCUAGCUUCCAGACAUCGAAGUUCAUACUUUAAAAUUCGAUCAGGCUUCAUCUGACGCUCAUCUGUACAUGCCCACUCCCUCUACUUCCCACGCGGAUUCGCCCAUUCCUGCUUUACCCAUUCUGACCCUAACCUGGAGAUCUCAAACCACGUACACAUAUACACCCUCGUCCCCCUCCACAUCAUCUGCGUUUCUCUACCACUGACAUUCCUCACGCUCACCACUUUUUUCGGUGCUCGAUCUGAGCAUUGCGCCUAGCACUAGGAAAUUGGUGAGUAUUGUAAUUUAUUCGCAUGUCGCCAGUCGGUCCCGUUUUCGAGUGCGGUGGAGUCGGUUGUCGGGUUGUGCGCUUUGAGAGCUAGUGUAAAAACCCUUGUAAUGGAAAUCUGCCAUACGCGGGACGGAAACAUGUCGGCUGAUGUGGUCCCUCUAUGCUGCGCUUGUCUAUGUCUCACUGGAAAUAUAACGCGUUCAUCCAUCAUAGGAAUGCCCAAGCAUACGUCGGGCAGGCCCCUACACAAAUUUAGUCCAAGUCAAGGACCAGCACUGACCAACAUCCCGCGGGUACGCAGCGAUCUCACAUGGGACUACAUCUGCGAGGCGAUGCAUGAGGUUAAGUUACCAGUCGCGCUUGACUUCAUAGUAUGGUUCUUACCUCGAACUUCGUUUGCAUGGUCCCUUGUCGUGAUCUCCCAUGUUCCACUUCACGCAGACGGAGAUCACGUGCCAGACUAUUACGCAGGGUUCUCAUUCAAGAGCACGAUGACGAAGUGUCAUGUGAUAGAGAAGAGAGGUAUGGAGAUCUCAUUCUACUAUGCGUGGACCUGCUCCUGGCCAUCUGAAGACGCGAUGCAAGUUAGACGCGUUGGAGAGACGCACCCUUCUAUUGGUGGUUGGACGGCCAUAUCAUUCGAUUUCGUGUAUACGAUUUUUGGAAGCAAUCAAUAUCCAGCAGCAUACAAAAAAAAUCAUGUCCGUAUACACGAAGAACAUGCUCAGCCAAAGGGCAAAGGAAUCUGAAUAUUGAGAUCCAGCGCGUCGUGUUCAAUGUUUGUUCACCAAUACCUUAUUCUGCUCUUCACGACGGUCACCCUAGUCGGCCGUCACCGCAGCCUCGUGGGGGAUUAUCCGGGCAUGUUGGCCAUUGUCAAAUCUGUAUGGGCAAAAGGUGUGGACAAUCAUACGAAAAAGGAAGUGAUAUGUCGGAGACGCUUU